AUGAUAAAUGUAGGUGCAGCAAGGGGAUACGCGCAAGGGGAUAUGUGUCCCAAACACUCUUCCACCCACGCGCCGCAGCUCCACACGCGCUCGCUCGACCUGUCGGACGUGAUCAGCUUCCGGGUCGAAGGAAAUAACGGCGAGUUCGAACGGAUUUGCGCCGAGCUGGGCUUCUCCGGCCCAGACGACUUCGCUAUACCCGAGGCGGCCUGGGAGUCCCGGAGGAUCCGGUCCGGAAGGCCGGAUACGCGAUGGACGUACGAUGUGUUUCUAAGUUUCAGAGGGCCAGAUACGUGCAAGGGGAUUACCUCCGAGCUGUAUGAUAGACUACAAUGGAGAGGAAUUAAAACCUUUAUGGAUGACCCCAAUCUUCGUGUAGGAGAUUCCAUUAGCCCGUCUCUUGUUUCAGCAAUUGAGGAGUCAAGAUUUGCCAUUGUCAUUCUUUCACCCAACUAUGCUUCUUCGCCAUGGUGCUUGGAUGAACUCGUCACGAUUAUUCAAUGCAUGAAAGAGAAGUGGCUUCGAGUCAUGCCCGUCUUCUACAAAGUGGAGUCUUCUGAUGUGCGGCACCAAAGGGGAAGUUUUGAGCUUAAAGGGAAAACCCGACCCCGAGUAGAAGUAAGGGAACAUGAAGAAUUUUAUGGCAAGAAUGAGGACAAAUUCAAGGCGUGGAGAGCUGCGUUGACAGAGGUAGCCAAUCUUUCUGGGUGGGAUUCAAAGAAUUUUAGAACUGAGAGAGAACUUGUUGAGGCAAUUGUUGGGGAUAUUGGGAGGAAGGUGGUGUAUAAAUCUUCAAGUGUUGACAAGGGCUUCGUAGGAAUGGAUGUCCGUGUUGAUGAUUUAUUACAUCAUUACAUACAUCAAGAGUCGGAUAAGGUACGAAUUAUAGGGAUACAUGGGAUGCGAGGAGUUGGUAAGACAGCGCUUGCUCGAGCUUUUUAUGAUGACUUUGGUCAGGAUUUUGAGAAUAGAUGCUUUCUUUUCAAUGUUAGAGAAAGGUUUAAAAGGGAUGGCCUAGUUUCUUUACAAAAGAACCUUCUUUCCAGCAUUUUGACGGACAAAAUUGAAUACAUAGAGGAUGAAUAUACAGGAGUUGAUGUGAUUCAAAGAAGUUUAUGUAAAAUAAAGGUGCUUGUUGUUAUUGAUGAUGUGGAUCGGUUGGAACAAUUAGAAAAAUUGGCUGGAAGUCAUGACUGGUUUGGUCCAGGGAGCAGAAUUAUCAUAACCACCACAAAUAUUCACUUGUUAGAGGCACAUGAUGUUGAUGCUCUAUACAAGGCUACCGGGUUAAAUUCUGGUGAAGCUCUUCAACUCUUGAGUUUAAAGGCUUUCAAGAAAAGCCUCCCACCAGAAGAUUAUUUGGACCUGUGCGACCGUAUUUUAGGGUAUGCUCAGGGGCUGCCGCUAGCUCUUGUGGUUUUAGGUUCUUUUUUAUGUGGUAGAAAGCACAAUGAAUGGGGGAAAGAUAGGGAUCGAGUGACACAAAUACUAAACUAUUGUGAGCUGAACCCUGUCAUUGGAUUAAGAGUUCUUGCUGAUAAAUCUCUCAUUACUAUUUCUAGCAAUGAACUGUCAAUGCAUGAUUUGCUACAAGAAAUGGGCUGGGAAAUAGUUCGUCGACAGUCUCCUAAAGAGUCAGGCAAACGUAGUAGAUUGUGGUCUCAUGAAGACAUCCACCAUGUGUUGAAGAAAAAUAAGGGAACAGAAGCAAUCCAAGGGAUGGUAAUGGAGUUGCCUAAAUUAGAAGUGGCUCAUUGGAAUCCAGAAGCCUUCUCAAAUUUGUCUGAACUUAAUCUUCUCCAUAUUCGUAAUGUGGACCUUCCCAAAGGCCUCACUUGUCUUUCUAAUUCCUUGAGACUCCUGGAAUGGCCUGGGUGUCCGUUAAGAUCUCUCCCACAAAAGUUCGAAUCAGAUGAACUUAUUGAACUUAACUUGUGUCACAGCAAUAUUGAACAUCUUUGGGAGGGAGAAAAGAAUUUUGACAAGUUGAAGUUCAUCAAACUCUGCCAUUCUCAAAACAUUGUGGAGACCCCAGACCUCGCGGGCAUUCAGAAUCUUGAGAGUUUAGAUCUUGAAGGAUGUAAGAGUUUGGUAAGAAUCCAUCAAUCCCUCGGAUUUCUCAAAAAGCUUAUUGUCCUGAAUCUUAAAGACUACAAAAGUCUUGAGAAUCUGCCAGGUAGAAUUGAAAUGGAAUCUCUUCAAACAUUAAUUCUGUCUAACUGCUCAAAAAUUAAAAAGAUUCCCGAGUUUGAUGGAAAUAUGGAGCGUCUGUCUGUGCUUGAUCUCGAUGAGACUGCCAUUGAGGAACUGCCUGUUUCAAUUGGACGCCUGAGUGGCCUUGUGUCAUUGAAUCUAAGUAACUGCACAAAUCUUGUCCGUCUUCCAAGCACCAUCAAUAAUUUGAAGUUUGUUAAAAAUCUUAAUCUUUCUGGAUGCAUGAAACUUGGCAAACAUCAGGAAAGCGAGAGGGAGAGGGAAUGUUAUGAGGAAAAUGAUGUGAAUAGUGGGUCUGCAAUAGAAAUGUCAUCUACCUAUGAUCUCAUAAAGCAUGUGAGAGGUUCAUUCUUUCAUGGAUGCGAAGUGAAUACAGAGCCAAUGAGUUUCCGCUUGCCUAUAUGGGGUCUCUGUAAUUUAACAUAUCUGAACCUGCGUAAUUGCAAUCUUGGCGAAGGAGCAUUUGCCAACGAAUUUGGUUACUUUCCCUCUAUGGUGACCUUGAAUCUAAGUGGAAAUAAUUUUGUUCGUCUUCGUUCAGGCAUUGGAUCGCUUUCUAAGCUUGAGAACUUGAACUUGGAAAAUUGCAAGAGACUUCAAGAGUUGUCAGACCUUCCAUCAAAUAGUAGCCUAGAUUUAAGGGCAGAUGGUUGUACUUCACUGAAAUACUUGUUUGAUGCAUCAAAUUUGAACAGAUUGAACAAAUCAUAUUUCAAUUUCAUCAAUUGCGUCAAUCUAAAUGGCAAUCAGGGAUGCAAUAACAUAGCAUUUGAAAUGCUGAAGACAUUCAUGUAUCAGGGAAUCUCUGAUAAGAGGGAAACUUUUCAAAUUGUAAUUCCUGGAAGUAAUAUUCCUGAGUGGUUCAGCCAUCGAAGUGGUGGGCGUUCAUUAAGUGUGAAGCUGCCUCCAGAUUGGGAUAGCAGUAGGUUUAUGGGAUUUGCUGUGUGUGUUGUUUUUGUACUCCAUGAGCACCAUCAGGUUGAUGAGCUUGAUAUUCAUCAAUUCAAGAAUUUUAACACUACUCACCAUCUUGUAUGUUGCCUGGAGCUCAAUGGAAGAGAAUUAGAUGUAUAUGGCAGACAGCCUGCAUUUCGCUUUAGUGAAGAGUUUUGCUAGUUGGACUCAGAUCACCUGUGGCUAUUCUAUGUAUCUCGUGAUAAAUACUUUGGCACAGAGUGGUGGCGUAACAGUUGCAGUCGGCUUGAUUUCUUAUUUGAAACUAGAGGGCCAGGUCUGAAGGUGAAGGAGUGUGGAGUCCGUCUGAUAUGUGAGCAAGAUGUGCAAGAGUUGAACCAAACAACCACUCAAUCAAGCAGUAGGUUGUCUCCAUAUGACGAUAAAUUGGUUGAUUUUGACAUUCCAGUUGAAGGGGAAACCAGUGGCACUGGUAGCAGAACUUGCACCCUCAAAGAAUUGUAGGACUCGCAGAAAUAGAGGGGAUCCACCACUGGUCACUCUGAAGGACCACAAUUAAAGGACUUUCUGAUCCCUUGGUUGGAAAUGAGUUGCAGAUCAUGAAUGGCCAAUGCAUCCUCUUCUGUCAUUUGAAUUUCUGCUGCAAUUACAUUCUGAAGCUCUCUUGCCUUCGUCUUUUUACAGUUUGGUUCAAGGUAUUCCAUUUGAUAUAGAUAGCGAGGGUCAAGGCAGUACAUAUGUAUAAAGGUUGCUUGAACUUUCCUCGUAAUCCAGCAGGUGCAAAUUCAUAUGGACUUGAUCAGCUUACUUUCCUCUUUCCACUUUCACGUAUGAAACUUGAAUUCAUCAAGAAGGGGGGAAAUGGUUGGAUGUUGGUUUUAAAGUCGGGUUUAAAAUGGAAUUAACUGCUAGAAGUUUAAAGAAGUUACCUGAGACAUGGCCCUGUCUGUGCAUGUGUUUGACUUCUUUUGGCUGGACAUAAUGUGUAUAUUGCUUUCCAUCUUCCUUACCAGUCUGCGAGAAGUUCUGUUUUGAUGUAAUGUAGUAUUUUGUCGAGAUGUACGAACUUUUCGUUUUGGGCUUUUGUUUUGUACUUUUUUCAAUUUUUUUGUUUUGGUUACAGGCAAGCAAAAGCAAAGAAAAAGCCAAGAAGAGACCCUAAACCUAAAAGGCCCAAGCAAAAGCAAAGAAAAAGCCAAGAAGAGACAGUUCUCCUAGUUCUAGUUACUGUAGCAAGAUCAUCAAGGAAGGCUUCAGUAGCAUGGACAGGAGGAUCCAUAAAUGUGAUGAGGCCAGGCUCAUGAUCAAUGCUGCAUCUAGCCAAAGCAUCCGCGGUCAUAUUACAUUCACGAAAGAUGUGCAUGAGAUGGACAUUCUGCAUGGUGGCCAUAAAGUUGCUGCAUCCCGCGAGCAGAGAUCCAAGAGGAUGAUUAGGAAGAUUUUGCUGCUGUACUAACUGGACAAGAACAACAGAGUCAGAUUCAAUUUCCAACAUAUGGAUGUGCAAACUUGAUGCUAACUUCAAACCGUAAAAGAGACCCUAGGCUUCAGCCUCCAGAAUCUCACCAAUCCUAAGUAAAUUUGGAAGCCAAUCACCCAAUUCCUAGUGUGGUCUCUGAUGACUCCACCAGCCCCAAUUUUACUAGAUGCAGAAUUUCGAGUGCCGUCAACAUUUAGUUUGUAAAAAUUUUCAGGAGGUUUCUUCCAGGAAAGUAUGAUAAGACUGUACAUAUUGGAAACACUAGUCUUGUAAAUGGCAUUUUUCCACUCCACAGCAUAAUCCCAUAUAAGUUUAGCAGGACAAGUAGGCAUAGUA